AGGUUGUCGUCACCAUCGCCAUGACGUUGGUCAGCUACCCGCCAUCGAACGGGAAGUUGUAGUCACCUUAGUAUCCCAUCGCUCCUCCCCCGGAAGAUAGCCUAGUUCAUGAGUCGUGAUAGGUUUGCUGAAUCAUAUCGAGGACAGUCUGUGCGAUUACCCUACCUACAUGUGUGAUAUUCAACCAUCUGUAUGACAGAAGCGGAGAUGGAAGGAAACGGCUCCCCACCAGCAGUGCCAGAAACAAAUCUGAACAAGGAAGUGGAGCACAUCCGAGAGUUAGCUAGACUUUGCUAUGAUGAGGGCAUACUACCAAUGAAUAUCGAUCCGGGUGAAAUGCGAACCGAGGGCCGAGAAGUUUUUUUCAAAGUUAUCCCUAGGAUAGACCAAACGAAGAUUGUGUGGCUCAAGGAACACACUAUCACAAUCAUCUUCAAGGAAGGCGCUCGGUUCUUGCCGAAGAAGGUCAAGGAUGACGUCAUCAGGGCCUUUGAAGAUGAACGGGUCCAGGACGGCGAUCUCGAGGCCAUCAAUUUCAAACGUGGUCAAGUCAAAAUUGUGAGUCCCAACGUAGCCUCCUACGUAGCAAAGAGCAGUGCCAUAGCUUUGUGGAUGAUAACAAAAGGGUCAGACGAGAUUACUCUUGGCUCUACUCGCUAUGUCCUCGAAUUCAAACCAAGGCUCACGAAAGCACAGCUAAGAGAGCAAAGGAGAACGGAAGAGGAGUCCACAUUCUGGAUUAUUGCUGUCCAAAUGCCUUUGGAUGCGAUGCUUUAUUUAGAAGCCCAUGUUCGAAAGGCGAUCGGACCGGUUGUCUUCACCCGAACUUCGGCCUUCAUCCCAUGGUUGCAGCAGAGUGUAGGACCUCUAGACGGAAUGAUGGGAGCAAUCAACCGCCAACCUCCGGGGUUUUACCCCUGGGGGAUGCCAGCAACUCCAACAUACCAGACGGGAGGAGGGGGAGUAAAUUGCACUGGAGGUUUGGCGGGAAUUGGGGUUAUGGGAGGAAACGGAGGGGUGGGAGGAAUCGGUGGUGGGGGAGGAAUUGGAGGCGUGGGUGGAUUCGGAAGUGUGGGAGGAAAUGGAAGGAUGGGUGGAAUUGGAGGGUUGGGAGGAACUGGUGGGGCGGGAGGAAUAGGGUGUGCGGGAGGAAUUGGUGCCGCAGGAGGAAUUGGUGGGGGGGGAAGACUUGGUGAUGGGGGAGGAGUUGGUGGUGCGGGAGGAUUGGGAGGUGGGGGUGGAAUAGGAGUCAGAAGGAACUCACACCACGGUCCAAAUGACGGAAUGUCUCCUCAUGGCGUCUCGGGAGACAGAGGAAUACAGGGCAUCUUGAGAACACGCAGCGGACAAAGCGGCAAACAACGCCGCCUCAGUUUUGAUGAAGAAUCCAAUGCGGCAAUCCGAGGGGAAGGGUCAAACACCUCGAUGGCUUCCUCCAGUUCACAGGCUGAAGGUAGUAUCCGGGAAGUGGGGACUCCAGGAACCAAGACGACGAGGAAACGUCAUCCUAUGACGUUAGAUAAGGGUCAGCUGAAUAAUUUGGAGGUACAAAUCUUGCCAAUAUUCUUCUCAUAUGCUAGAAACUCAUUGUGGGUACUGGCAUGGGCAACUCUUGAUGCCUCCAUAAAUUUCAUUACAAUCCCUUCCCCUGAUCUUCCCAUGCCGUCAAUACUAACGAAUAUCAUCCGAACCGCAAUCAACGACAAGUUUACCUUCAGGCUGAUCCCAGAUAUGUUGGUCCCGAGAUUUUUGAUGGAUCAUCCAGUUGGUCAGGGUAGGAAACUGAAAUUUUUCUGCCCUCUGGCUGAUGUUCGGUUUGUAACGGGCCAGUUGGAAAUUUUAGAGUCCGAAGGACUUCGGUUGAUUCCUCUUUCAGUAUUUAUUGAUGCAAAGAAACAGGAUCUCCGCCAGAUUAAAGCAGAACCUGCAAAUUCGACCGAAUUCCUGUACGAGCUGGAUGGCAAGCUGGUUCGAGAAAAGAAGCUGGCAUCUCAGUUCAUCAGGAAGGCUCUCACGUCUUCCUGGCUUGUAACUAGAGAGUUAUCACAACAGGCGGUAAGCUCCAACACUCCAAUGGCAUCCCUCAUCCAAACGAAAGGGAACAGAACAGGCAAUGGGAAAAAUUAAGUUAGCCACUUGGAAUGUGAGGGGUCUCGUGGAUCAGUCCGGUAAACAUAAACGCGAAAGACUCAAAUCAUGAAUCAUGUAAAUAAAAUCCAAAUAGUCUG